GAAGAAGAAUCACUGACGUCAUCACCGAACCACAACAUGGAAGCGGCUGAAGAGGUGGGUCUGGUGGACGAGCCGGAGAGCUGUAAGGGCGCGUUUAAAAUGAAGAAGCGGCUAGAGAAGCUUCACAAAGCGAGGCUGGAGGACGCGGAGCGUCGGAAAGAAGCCAAAGAAAACCACUCGGUUGCCAAGGAGAGCGUUGACUACUUCUUCAACACCUUCAACGGUGAGCGGGCAUCCGUCGAGGGGCUGCUACGCAGCUGCUUGGGCGCGGACGAAAUGGCGGUGGCGCAGAGGCUGGAGGAGGCUACGAGCAAAACGGUACAGUUGCAAAAGUUCCUCAACGACAGCAUGGUUUUCCUGACCACCUACGACCAGCGGAAAGCCCAGGUGGCCCUCCAGAAGCUGCAGACGUGCCUCAACGAGACAAGAGAGCAGGCGUUGCCCAAGAAGAAGUUCGGCUUCCGGGGUCGCACUAAGGCGACCUCAGCCGCCACGGUGGAGGACUCUGUUGUCUCACCACCUGCAGAUCACAGCGCCGCACAAGUGGAUGGAGAUCCUGCUAGUGCACAGUGCGGUUUCUCUAACAUGAGCGACGUGGUCCUCAUUAAGACGGCUGAGGAGAUCAAUAAAGAGGACGUGCUCUUGUCCCACCUGUCCAACUGCAAGGUGCGACUCUACGGCACACCGAGCACACUGCACCUGAAGCACAUCGACCGCUGUGAGAUCCUGUGCGGCCCAGUGUCCACCUCCGUGUUCGUGGACUGCUGUGAGAGCAGCACCAUGGCUCUGGCCUGCCAGCAGCUGCGAACCCACAACACCCAAGACACCCGAGUCUACCUGCACGUCACCAGCCGUGCCAUCGUGGAGGACUGUCGUGGCGUCAGUUUUGCGCCGUACUCCUGGUCCUAUCCUAACCUGAAGGAGGACUUCCGCGCAGCCGGCUUGGACCCGGAGCGGAACAACUGGGACCAGGUGGACGACUUUAAUUGGCUCGCCGCAGGGACGCUAUCGCCCAACUGGACGGUUAUUCCCGAAGCAGACCGGAAGACCACGUGGGACCCUUAGGAUCCCUUCAGUGCCUUUUAAAUGACAAACUUUACCAUUAUUCAUUCAACUGUAAAAUGUUGGUAUGUGUGGAAAUAAUUAAAAAAGCUGCUGUAAUAAAA